AUGUCCGCAGCGCCCGCAGAUGUCCGCAAACCUCCGCAACCUCCGCAACCCAGCGGUAACAUCAUGGCAUCCCAUGCUCUCGCGUCCUGUUUCUUUUGUCGCCGCAGCAAACGAAGAUGUGACAAGAAUCUGCCGACAUGUCAGCUGUGUAUCAAAAAAGGCCUGAAGUGCAGCUACCCCCGCAGACGCGGCCAACGUGCUGCCUCGCCUCCCAGCGGUGUCCGUGGAUCAGAAUCAGGCGAUGAUUCCAACUCAGCCCAUGCGGAGCCUGUCGUUGCACAGAGCAGUAAUGCAUCCGAGUUUCAGCCCGUCUCGCCUACUUCUACUUCUUCGUUUGCUGUGAACGCCGCUAUUAGUUUCCUCGCACCCGACCUCUUCCGUGAGGCUGGCUUAGAAAUCCCUCGCCUGGACCUAGGCAUUCCGGACGAGGUUUCCUUGCACCUAGGUGAUAGCCAGCAGGUUCUGGAGACAGCCAGCAAGUUCUUCCAGAUGACAUGGAUGCCUAUCGUUAGUCGGAAGCGCCACUUGGCCGCUGUGCUCAAUCCGUUAUCACCAUGCCGACGUCCAACAGUCUUGCUACAUCUGUGCAUGAAGCUGUGCUGCUUGCCAGUAGAUGAUGAAAAACGGACCUCGUUGUAUCGGUUAAUCAAGAAAUUCUACUCCGAAGUGGAGAGUACAGGAGACUUGUGUGUUCAAGUUUUACAGGCCGCUAUACUCAUUGCGGUUUUUGAGAUAGGUGAUGCGAUCUACCCUGCAGCUUAUUUGACAGUCGGAGGCUGUUCCCGGUAUGCUAUCGCCAUGGGGCUGGACAAGAUCAAUAAAUGUAGGCUGGGUGGAGAGCAUACUCGCACAGCGUCUUGGAUGGAGAUUGAGGAGAAGCGAAGGGUUUGGUGGGCCAUCUUAACCCUGGACCGGUCCGUCACUUCUAUCCAAUUUACUUUACUGGUCAUUGCGAUUCGCGGAGAUCGUGCUCCAAUUGACGCAUUUUACAGAUUCUUAAACUUCACAAACCCUGCUCGGGUCCUGGCGACGGAGGAUCCCGUAUUUGAAGAUUUUCUCCCGGUCGACGAUGACAAGUUCUACGACGCGACCUCAGAGCCGGAGGAUGCGGUCCCCAUAUCCCAGGGGUUCGUAUUCAAAAUUGGCCAUUUCGGCAGACUAGCUCAGGCGACGUACCUGAUCAGCCAAGCCCUCGCUACCAUCAGAUCCUUUUCUGCAGUCUCUACUGACCUCAGCAAGACCAGCCUAUUAUCGGAGACAGCACAGCUAUGCCGCACAUUCGAAGCCCUAGCUCGGGCUAAUGAAGUGGAAGUCACCGUCCGCAGGCUGCCCUUCUGCUGCCAAAGCCUGAUAUCUUACAGCGGUGUCUUCCUCCUCCAAGAACAUUACUGGCAGCAGUUGAAUAUGCGAUCUCGACAAGACACGCAGCAAGAUACAUAUGUCGAGACCCAUCAUGCCCUCGACACGCUUUGCCGAGUUGCAUCUGGAAUCCAGCAAGGACCUUCUCCGGUGGACUUACGGCAGGGUCAUUGUACAUUUCUUCUGGUGGGAGUUGUAUAUCAAGGCCUUUCGGCGCUUUUGAGUAUUGGGAACGGAAACCCGUCGGCAGAGAUCAGAGAGAGCAUAGCUGUGUUAAGAUGGUUACUCAGACACCUACGAGCCCGAUGGCCACUUUCUGGCAUCUAUGAAAGGAUUCUGGAUUCAAAAGAGGCUUUGCUAGCCUCGGAGGUGAUAUAA